UUCAAAUGAUUUCCAAUGGUUUAAUUCAUUUUUUCCAAUGGUUUAAUUCAUUUUUUCAAGUCAGCCGAGCAGUUAAACAUGUUUUCCAAUGGUUUAAUUCAUUUUUUCUUUAAAAAGAAAUAUACUAAAUCUAUUAUAUUAUCACUUUAUAAUCAAUUAUAAAUACUACCUUAAUCUUUUUCAAAUUCACUAAUUUUACCCAAAUAUUUUAUUUUAACAAUAAUUUGAAACAAUCACUGUUUAUUAUAAUUUAAAAAUUAUUAUAUGAUAUAAUUAUUACACAUGACAUAAAUAAAUAAAUAAAGAAUAUUAGAUUUUAUGAAGAAUAUGUAUAUAUAUCUCCUAAGUGAUUAACAAAAGUAUUUAAGAACGAAAAAGGAACUUAUUUUAUUCUAAAUUCUUCUAAAACAAACUUAGAAUUUUUAAAAAUUAAUAUUUUCAUGUUCUAUGUUAUUAACAUCUAAUAAGAAAAGAAUAAUAAUACAAACUUUGAAAUUAAUUGGAUGACAUCAACACUUAUAAUUUAUUUAAGUAUAAAAUAACAAUAAGUUAAAGUUAAGAAUUAGUUUGUAAAUAAAAAAAUUCAUCUUAAAAGCCUGGAACAUAUGUAGCUGCAAGGGCUUGAAGUCCUAAUCGGCUUAAUUGUGUUCUCUUUGUUGAUUUUCGUAUCAGCAUAUCUUUCACUACUUUAGACUAUACACUUGGAUGGUCCAUACGUCUAAUAAUUGUUACAUUAGGAUAAUAUUAAAAAAAAAUUCUUAGAUUAUGAUUACUAUAAUUAGAGCAGUGUGUUUCUUCCCAUAAUUCUCAGCAAUUAAAAUUCUCAGUAAAAUUAGGUUUCCUUUAUUUUAAUUGCUUUUAUAUUUUAAAAGUUAUUAAAAAUUGGUUUGCUACUAUAUUUUUUUUCUAAUCAUUCGUAGCCAAAAUUUCUUUCCUUCGUCCACAAAGAGUUGGAAUUCCUACGAAUUCGCCAUAUAUUAACAGUAAUAUGUUUUUUCUUCUCUACUGUUAAAAUUAGGAUGCAAUUUGAUGGGAAAAAUUUUACGAUGCAAUUUCGUGUCUUGGGCUACUUACUAUAUUGGACUACGAUAUUUAAGUUCUAUUAGAUGGGUUCUCUAAAGAUGGACUGAUUGUUCCUUUGCUAAAUUUCUGAUUAAAUGCAACGUGUAUUUAGAAAAAAAACUCCAUGUACUAUUAAGCUAAAUGUGAAAAUGAAAUUUUACAGCCAAUGCAUGUAUCAGAAAUUCUCAGUGUCCAUUAAAAUUUUGGGUUCAACUACCAGUAAUUUAUUCGGUUAUAACAACCAAAAUCCACCACUUUUGGUUAAAAUUUUUCCAAAUAUUUAAUUUCUUAAAUAGGCAAUUUUACAAUUCUGGAAGAAAAAGAAACUUUUCUAUAUAAGAAAUCUUGCUCACAACUAUAAUAACUUUAACGCCUUCGUAGUCUACUCUAAACCUCCUCCUAUUUUAUUAGUACUAGCCUACUAGACAUGGACAUUCGUAUACCGAGUUUGGGUCGGAAAUUUCAAGUAGCAUAUCUUUUGGAUAUGAAAAAAUGAAAACUGAUCUGGUAAUUAAGAAUUUUGGAUCAGGUUCAAUUCGGUACUUGUCAGAUCCAAAUAUUUUUGGAUAUAUCCAAAUGAACCGGCAUUUUUUUGGUUUUGGUUCGGAUUGACAUAUUUUAUCUUAUCAUAAUCGAAAAUAUCAACAUCCUAUCCUAAAUUACUAUAAACCCAAACACAUUAUAAAAUAAGAUAAAUACAAAAGAUUUAAAACCAAAUAAAACAAAAGUUUAAGCAAACUUCAAACAAACAAGAAAUCCAACAUUUUAAAUAUAGGAUAAUCCAACAUUCCAAACAAGCAAAGAAACAUAAAAUAGAGAUGAAAGUUUUAUAAUGAAACAUUGAAACUAACAAAAAGAUGCAUAAGAAAGUUGCUCAAAAAGAUGCAUUAAAACAAGAGUUGUAAAAAAUGAUUAAGAAACAUCAAAAUAUCUUAUAUGAGAAAACAGUUGAGGCCGAAUUUACGUAAUUGCAUAAGUAUAUCAGAUACAAUCGGAUACUUGUUCGGAUACUGGGUAAUAAUACCCAAUCCGAUCCGGUACCCGAAGCUUAAAAAAAAUCAUAUCUAGUCGGGUAUUUCUCUAUAUCCGAGUCCGAUGUGAAACCCGAUUUUUCGGAUGGAUAUCGGUUCAGAUCUUCGGAUCCGGGAAAUAUGCCUAAGCCUAACUAGUACAUGUGUUUGUAUAUAAUUGCUUACCCUUUAUAUGUAUAUGAGUGACGUAAGUAUCUCUCAAAAAGAGAGAAACAAAACCCAAACCCUUAAAGGUGAAAAUCCCCACAAACACACAGUUCUCAAAGUUGUUAGUUUCUUCCUUCUUGGCUGGUGUAUAGAGAGUACUAAGCAUGAAUUUGCAGAGAGCUAUGGUGUUCUCGUGUUGGGUUCUGUCUCUUUUGAUCAUCGAGACGUCAGGGUAUCGCGAUCAGCUGUUUCAGCCGCUUGAAGCUGAAAACGCAAACGCGAUGACCAUGGUGAUGGAGCGAGGUUUACAGACGCGGGGGCCGGAGCACAAGAACGCAUAUGCGACGAUGAUGUACAUGGGAACUCCAAGGGACUACGAGUUCUACGUUGCGACACGUGUCUUGAUCAGAUCACUCAAAGGUCACCAUGUUAACGCUGAUAUCGUCGUAAUCGCCUCCCUCGACGUUCCACUCAACUGGAUUCACAACCUGGAAGAAAUGGACGGAGCAAAAGUCGUGAGAGUAGAGAAUCUUGAGAAUCCAUACAAGAAACAAACCAACUUCGACAAUAGAUUCAAACUUAGUCUGAACAAGCUCUACGCUUGGUCUCUCUCAAACUACGACCGUGUUGUUAUGCUCGAUGCCGACAAUCUAUUCCUCAAGAACACCGACGAGCUCUUUCAAUGCGGCUCAUUUUGUGCUGUCUUCAUCAACCCUUGCAUCUUCCACACUGGCCUCUUUGUGUUGCAGCCAUCAAUGGAGGUCUUCAGAGACAUGAUUCGUGAGCUUGAAGUAAAAAGAGAUAAUCCUGAUGGAGCUGAUCAAGGCUUUCUUGUUAGUUACUUCUCUGAUUUACUUAAUCAGCCUCUGUUUCGUCCUCCUAAUAACCGCAGCACCGUGCUCACCGGACAUUUUAGGCUUCCUUUGGGGUAUCAAAUGGACGCCUCUUACUAUUACCUUAAACUCAGAUGGAAUGUACCGUGUGGACCAAACAGUGUGAUCACGUUCCCUGGAGCAGUCUGGUUAAAGCCAUGGUACUGGUGGUCAUGGCCUGUUCUUCCUUUAGGCCUAUCAUGGCACCACCAACGCCGCUACACCAUAAGUUACUCAGCGGAGAUGCCUUGGGUCCUAAUCCAAGCAGUGUUCUACCUAGGAAUCAUACUAGUCACGCGUCUAACGCGUUCCAGCAUGUCAAAGCUAUGUCACCGACGUUCUGAUAAGAAUCUAACAGCUUUCAAGAUGGUUGCACUCCUCUUGAUCCUGUCAGCAUACAUUAUACCCUCCUUCAUCAUCCCACAGACCAUCCACCCGCUCAUGGGUUGGUCACUCUACUUGACCGGUUCUUUUGCUCUCUCCUCCAUUCCCAUCAAUGCUUUCUUGCUUCCAGUGCUCCAUGUUUUGACACCGUGGCUUGGCAUUCUCGGGACGCUCCUUGUGAUGGCUUUUCCCUCUUAUCCUGAUGGUGUUGUUAGAGCAUUGUCGGUUUUCGGAUAUGCCUUCUGCUGUGCACCGUUUCUAUGGGUCUCCUUUGUGAAGAUCACAUCCCAUCUUCAAAUUUUGAUUGACAAAGAGGUUUUGUUUCCGCGGUUGGGUGAGUCCGGGAGUAGUUCUAGUCUCAGCAAAUUGUAUUGAUUAAUACGGUGGAUUGCUUCUGUACAUAAAGGUUAGAGAAUAUUAACAAAUAUGACAUUGGCUUUUUCUUCAUUUAAUAAAUAUCCUAUCAAAGAUAUAUCUCUCACAUUUGUCUAGCUUUUCACUGGGAUUAAAAGGAAAUGCAUGAGUGGAACUAAAGAUUUAAAAAGAAAACGUAAGUACCUUUUGUUAAAUUGAGUUCAUUUUAUGUAUGAUCGGCCCACUAGGACCACAUUUCUCCUGUUCUCCAUCAGAAGCUUAAAGGCUUAAAGCGCCAAAGGGUAUGCCACAUGCCCCACAUUUACAUGGCCAACGAGACCCGAUUUACCAAAAACCUUUCAUCUCAUGUUUUUGUUCGGAUAACAUAAUGAAAUCAUUUGUCCAAAAAAAAACAUAAUGAAAUCUUUUCCCUCUGUCUUUUCUUUAAAAGAAAGUUGCUCCAGUUAAGUUAAAAAUCUAAAACAUUAAACAAAACUCUUCAUCUUUAUUAUGGUGUCGACCGUCAGUGGACAAAUGAUUAUUUAACUCUGAAAGUCAGGUAAGGGUAAACAUGCAGAAACGUGAUUUUUAAAAAAGGUGUUAUGUUUCUUUAGUGUCAAGACAGAAACAUGAAGGGUUCUGUAUUAGUGUUAUAAAACUACCACUACAAAGCUACGAAUGCAGCUGGCGACACAAACUGCAACCACAAAGAAAGUAGGAACCUAACUGAAUAAAUAAAAUAUGCUUUUUUACAAAAAAUAAAAAUAAAAAUAACCUUUGUUUUUAAAAUUUUGAAAAGUAGCAACGAAUAAGGUGAAUGUAGACCGAUAUUCCAGAAAUUUAUAUACAGCCAGCGAUAAUGUAUGUCUCCCAUUUACUCCAUUUACUACAUUUUAGCCAAAUUUCUCAAUUUUUUUUUUUGGUUUCUUUAGAUGUCUCAUUGUUGACAAAUAAAUACUAGAUAUUUCAUUAUCUAGAUAUGGAUUGUACCUUUACUUAUAUACCUUUUUUUUAAACACGAGCUUUACUUAUCUACCAUUUCAUUCAACUAGUCUAUAAAUGUUUAAUACUCUCUCCAUUUUCUUUUUAAUGACGUUUUAGACUAUUUGCUUUGUUUCAAUAUAGUUGACGUUCCCAGAAAACAAUACGAAGUAUAAUGACAUAUGACUUUAUUUACCCUUAUACUAUUAUUGUUUCAAAAUGAAAUGUGUGUCUCCAGAGAUGAUAAUGAAUUGAUCGAGAAAGGUAUAAAAAAUAUUUUAUUAGAUGCCUUAAUUUGUGUGAAACUCAUAGAACCUCCUGUAAACAAAAAACAGAGCAAGUAUUCCAUGUUCAUGUGUUUCAAAAAGCAAUUUAUUUUGACUUUUUCUUUUUAUUACACAAAUAGUAUCAUUGAGUUCAUUGUAAUUUAUAUUUACUUUAACCUUAAUAUAAAUUACAAAAGGCGUUGAUCUUAAAAAUAGUUUUAUUUAUCUUAAAUAUUAUUCAAUCUAUAUCAUUUUAAGAGGUGUUUAAGGUUUUUGCACAAAUAUUAAAAAAAUAUAAAUUUUUAUGUAAUUGGCUUUGGUUACAUAAAAUAUUAUUAAAUAAAACUAAUUUAACCAAUAAGAAAAAGAUGCAGUAUUUUAUAAUUGGUCAAAAAUUCAAAUGACAUUAAGGGCCUGACUGGUUCAAAUGCGGUUGCGGUUGCGGUUGCGGGAGUUUGUGGAUGCAGACGGUUGCGGUUUCUAGCGGUGUUAAGAGAUUUAUAUGACUGGUACUACGGUUAAAAAUUGGUGCGUUUGCGGGUGACUUAUGACUGGUUAACUAGCAAAUGCGGUAACAGUCAAAUAAUAAAUUAACAAUAUUUACAUUUAAUAUAAUUAUAAAAAUAUCAAAAAUCAUAAAAUUAUAAUAAAUAUAAAAUUUAUAUUUAGAAAGUUAUAAUUUUAAU